AUGAUUGAGAAAACCUGUUAUGCACUUGCUUCGGCUGCCAAAUGCCUAAGACAAUAUAUGCUCACCCAUACUACAUUAUUAAUCUCCAAGAAGGACCUAGUCAAGUACAUCUUCGAGAAGCCUGCUCUAACCGGUAGAGCAGCUCAUUGGAAAAUGGAUUUAACUGAGUAUGACAUCCAACAUAUCACUCAAAAAUAUAUCAAAUGGAGUGUAUUGUCAGAUUAUCUUGCACAUCAACCUUUGGAGGAUUACCAAUCUAUGCACUUUGAGUUCCCUGAUGAGGAUAUUAUGUUAAUAAGGGAGUGCAACAUCCCCAAACUCAAGGAAGGACCAGAACCAGGAUCUCGACGGACACUUGUGUUUGAUGGAGCUUCUAACGCUCAUGGAAAUGGCAUUGGGGCAAUUAUCACCUCUCCAACUGGAUUUCAUUUACCAUUCACCAUAAGGUUGUGCUUUAAUUGUACCAAUAAUAUGGCAAAGUACGAGGCUUGUAUCUUCUGUAUUGAAGUUGCGAUUGAUCUUAUGAUCAAAAUUCUUGAGGUUUAUAGAGACUUAGCCUUGGUCAUCAGCCAAGUCAAAGGAGAAUGGGAAGCUCGAGAUCACAAGCUAAUCCCUUAUAAGGAGCAUGUCUUGAAACUGAUCCCUUACUUUGACGAGAUCACGUUCCAUCACAUUCCUCGAGAGGAAAAUCAGUUAGUCGACACCUUGGCAACUCUUUCAUCCAUGUUUAAGGUUAAAUGGAAUAAUGAAGCACCAUCUUUUCAUCUUAACUACUUGGACUAG